AUGAGAUCAGUAUCUUUGGUUGUCCUAUUGGUUUUACUGUUCGCGUUCACGGACGCUUUAAAAACUAAAAAACAGAAGAAAGAGGAUGUCUACGUACAGUUGCAACCGGACGAACCCAUUGUAGAGCCUCGUUACGUGAAGGUCCCAAAACCACUUACCGAAUAUGACAAAUGCAAAUUGGAAUGCAAGAAACAAAGAGAUGCCGUUAAUCGCAAAGAGCAUAUAACUGCUCUACGGGAACAGUUGGCUGCUUUGGAAGCUGAAGAGGCCGCUGCCGCAAACGCCGGUGUCGAUGGAGCCACCGCUUCUGGAGAGAACACAUGUCCGAAAAUGUCGGAGUGCCACGAAGCUGAAAAUGGAGUCUGA